AUGGCUAGUGGAUUAGAUCCCAAAGCCUUUUGCAUCCAGCUCCACCACAACUCCAAAAAUCCUUCCAACAACCCAAAACAGCUCCCAAAACCCAAAAGACGCGCUCCGGUACCGCUGACCACGGUGACCGAGAAAAUGGAUGCAAAGAAGAAGUUUGAGUCGGUGCAUGGUGAUGAUCAGAUGAAGAUGUCUGGCCCUGGCAUGACAGAUCUUGAGAAUGGCAAACCGAAGGACCCAAAUGUCAACUUCAAGGAGGGCCAGGGUCACGCUGACGAGCUCGCGGUGGGGAUAUUGCAACCACCAUCAACAACGGCAGCCGAUUGUAGUAAUAGUGGCCCAACUGAUGACUUUGACGUUUUGCAAAUUGUGGCCAAAAGGCUAGAGCAACAAUGUCGGAACAACGACAAGCCAAUGAAUGUGACAUCCUCGGUGGAUCUCGAAGAAUUGAAUAGAGCUGCGAUGGAAGAUACCAUCAAGACCCCUUCGAUGCAGCACCAGCAAGACAACAAUGAAGUGACGAUACCCUCGCGCUGGUUGGAAUUGGCUCGCCAAACACCCAUGGCCGGACCUGGUGCGUUUCAGCAGAGCGCACUUCCUCCUCGCCUGUCCAGUCGUAGUAUUGGCAACGACGACUCGGGUUUGGUGGAAGCCCGGAAAGUUGUAGAUGAAUCCGCAACCAGAGAACGUGAAGAAGCGGAACUCGUUGAUGAGGAGGAAGCCCGACGCCGGUCUUCCGCUCGACGUGCCCAUGGGGAUCGAAAAAUUGCUCGUCAGUUGGCCACAGGAUGUGGCCUCUUGGUUCUUGUCGUGGGAAUCGUUGUGCUGGUUUGUUCCCUAAUCCUUGUUGACAAGGAAAAUACUCAGAAUGAGCAAGGCGGUGCUACGGUGGACAGCGACGCCAAAAGCAUUGAAACGAUUUCGCCCACGCAGGAUCUUCUUGCCUUCCUGGAUCCUCCCGACUACACGGUGUGGGCCAUCAUGGAGGACGAGAAUUCAACUCAGGCCAAAGCCUAUGAGUGGUUGUUGGAAGAUCAAAUGUUGGGAGGCAACUACACUCAAGAACGUCUACGACAACGCUUUGCCUUGGCAACAUCUUCUAUGCUACCAAUGGUUUAG